UUGCCGUCCUGAUGUGUGUCGAGCAGGUGACUCACAUGAGGUACGAUCAUUUUGAAGUGAUUGCACGAUAUUAUGAUGUGGGUCGGUCGAAGUGCGGCUCAGUGUAGGGUAGUUAGUUGCCGUCCUGCUGUGUGCAUGUCACGAGCAAGUCUCUCAUCUCUUGACAUUUCACAGUCUACUCGCGGACAUGCGGCAGGUUGCAAGCAGGUACUCGCUGGUUACUUGUCUACUGCUAGCUGGACUAGCGUUGCUAUUAAUUAUCAGCAGUCAUGAGCAGGGAGGAAGCAGAGAAGAACUAACAGCUAUAGCUCCACGCUCAGUUAGUGGACGUUCUCCAGCUUCCACAGUUCACCAGGAAAGAACCAACAUCUUUUUUCUGAAGGCACACAAAUGUGCAAGUAGUACUGUUCAAAAUAUUCUUUUAAGGUUUGGUCUCGAACGUGGACUUUCAUUUGUGUUACCAACAUUAAAUAACUAUAUCGGGAACCCUGAAAUGUUCAGUGCGACCAUGAUCGAUGAAUUGUAUGCCACCCAGAAUAGGAAGUACAACAUUUUUGCUCACCAUAGUCGAUACAGCAGUGAAGAAGUACGAUCCAUCAUGUACGAAGAUACGGUCUACGUCACAAUACUCAGGCAUCCAGCUGAUGUUUAUGAGUCUAUUUUUUCUUAUUAUAAAUUUCAAAAAAUGUACAACGUAACGUUUGAAGAGUUACUGAAAACCCCAAACAGUGUAAAAAAAAUCAACAGGCGAUAUUUCAAACGGAUAGGCUUUAAUCAGAUGAGCUGGGACUUGGGAUUCUUAGAAGAAGAUUUUAAUUCUACAUCCAAAGUAGACGAGUUUAUUAGUAAAAUUGAUGUGGAAUUUGAUCUAGUGAUGAUGUCAGAUUGGAUGGAAGCUUCCUUGGUGCUUUUGGCUGAUCUUAUGAAUUGGCCUCUUGAAAAAGUUGUGUCACUUAAACUAAAUUCCAGGACUGCAGAUAACAUCUACAAGAUGUCUGAUUUCGAGCGGAGUAGGGUUGUCGAACUGAACCAUGUGGACUAUAAACUUUAUACUCAUUUCUUAAAUAAAUUCAGGAAAAGAAUAAUUGAUUAUGGUGAAGAAAUAAUGAGAAAAGAUAUUGAAAGACUGUUGUCUCUUAACGAUGAUUUGCAGUUUAAAUGUGUUCAAAGUCUCAACACAAAAGGAUUCGGCAGAACACAAGCAUAUAAGCUUCGAGAUGAAGGAAAUAAGUUAUGUUUCUUUGCUGCUAGAGGUGAACUGGCAUUCACGGAAUAUCUCAGGCAGGUACAAAAACAAAAAGUGAAAGUUUUAUCAAAUCUUCAAAUGUUGUUGGAUGACUGAAAAUGUAGAUUUUAGAUUGUUUUUUCCCUAUAUAACUAUUCAAUAUGUUUACUUUGUUAUUGUUUAUAUUCUGUUAUUUUAGUACAAUGUUUCAUAACUUAUUUAUAAAUAUACAAUUUGUAAAAAAG